UCAUUACGUCUCCUCUGGCCCGCCUGAACCCGCCGACAGUGUGUGCAGAAGGGCUGCAGAAAUAAAACUUGAAUUACAACAUUCGGGCCGUUACAGCUGAAUAAAAGGACAUGGCUUUAACACAGGUUUCUUCUAACAAGUGCUGUGGUGGAUACCAGAAAGUUUUUGAACAUGACAGCUCAGAGCUCAAGUGCAAAAUGAAAUUUGCCAUCUAUCUUCCUGCUAAGGCUGAAAGUACCAAAUGCCCGGUUCUCUACUGGCUUUCAGGACUGACCUGUACCGAGCAGAAUUUCAUCACGAAAUCAGGAAGCCAGCGGGCUGCAUCUGAGCAUGGCAUCAUCAUUGUUGCCCCAGAUACAAGUCCAAGGGGCUGUAAUAUUGAAGGAGAGGACGAAAGCUGGGAUUUUGGAACAGGCGCUGGUUUUUAUGUUGAUGCAACACAAGAGCCGUGGAAGACCAACUACCGCAUGUACUCCUAUGUUACUGAGGAGCUGCCACGUUUAAUAACCUCAAAUUUUUCUGCUGACCCGGAGAAGAUGUCUAUCUCGGGUCAUUCAAUGGGUGGUCACGGUGCUCUUAUCUGUGCACUAAAGAAUCCUGGCAAAUACAAGGCUGUCUCAGCUUUUGCACCCAUCUGUAACCCGAUGCAGUGUGCCUGGGGACAAAAAGCUUUUUCCGGUUACCUUGGACCUGACAAAUCUACCUGGGAGGCGUAUGAUGCUACAGUGUUGGCCGGCUUGUAUUCAGGUCCAGAACUGGACAUUUUGAUUGAUCAGGGGCGUGAAGACCAGUUUUUGUCAGCCAGUCAGCUGCUUCCUGAUAAUCUUAUUGCUGCCUGUUCUGAGAAGAAAAUUCCUGUUGUGUUCCGACUACAACAGGGCUAUGACCACAGCUACUACUUUGUGUUUUCGUUCAUUGAUGACCACAUCAAGCACCACGCCAAGUACCUGAAUGCAUAAGACUGCUACAGAAAAACAACAAAAUCAUACGGUUUCCUGCUGUACUUCACAAUAAAAUUAACCAGUUGUUAAA